UCACCAUUCGCCGUUUUCAACCCCGCCCGUGGUCUCGCUCCUUCUCUCUCUCUCUCUCUCUCUCUGCGUCCUCGUCAUGGCUUCCAUCAUCGAAUCUGGUUGGCUGUAUCUGGUCACCCAUUUCAGCGACUUUCAACUGGCCUGCCUCGGGAGUUUCUUUCUUCAUGAAAGUGUGUUUUUCUUAUCAGGACUGCCUUUCAUAUUUCUUGAACGGGCAGGAUGGUUAAGCAAGUACAAAAUACAGCCGAAGAAUAACACCUUUGCAGCUCAGGAAAAAUGCAUCACUCGUCUUGUGCUGUAUCAUCUGUGUGUAAACCUACCAGUGAUGAUUUUCUCCUAUCCUGUCUUCAGAUUCAUGGGCAUGCGAAGUAGUCUUCCCCUGCCACCCUGGAAGACAGUGUUGACGCAGGUUAUAUUCUACUUCAUCCUUGAGGACUUUGUAUUCUAUUGGGGCCACAGGGUUCUACAUACAAAAUGGCUGUACAAGCAUGUUCACAGUGUCCACCACGAAUACGCCACGCCCUUCGGACUGACUUCCGAAUAUGCGCACCCUGCUGAGAUACUGUUUCUUGGUUUUGCAACCAUUAUUGGCCCUGCCAUUACUGGGCCUCAUCUGAUGACUUUAUGGUUAUGGAUGGUAGUCAGAGUGCUGGAGACAGUUGAAGCUCAUUGUGGUUACCAUUUCCCAUGGAGCCUUUCAAACUUUCUGCCAAUAUAUGGGGGCGCUGAUUUUCAUGAUUACCACCACCGCUUGCUGUAUACCAAGUCUGGAAACUACGCAUCAACCUUUGUGUACAUGGAUUGGAUCUUCGGAACCGACAAGGGGUACAGAAAGUUGAAGGCCUUGAAGUCCGGUCACAUUGAAUAUUCCGGCAAGGAAAUGUAGCGAGGGAAAAUUUUGUUGAGAUUCUCGAAAUUGGAAGUGGCUGUAUGGUUAUAGUCAUCUCAGAGGAAGGUUCUUUUUCGGUCAGUGCAUCAUCUUCAUUUUUUCCUUCAUUUUCAGUAUCAUCUGUGACGUGGAAUCAGUGGAAAGCUUCCUGUGAACUAGUUGUUUCUACAUCGAUGAGGUUGUGUGGCCACCAACCUGUUUGCAUGGACUUUGACCGCUACCUCAGCUGAGUCUGUUCACACAGACAAUUUUGCAUUUCAUGUCGUUAAGCAUGUGUAUGAUUUGAGUUCCUCCCCGGGAACAGUCGAUUGCUGUAUGUAAAGUGCUUUAAAAAUUAUGAUUUUCGAGGACUA